AUGUUGACAUUUUUAGCUCUGUUCGGUCUUUUAACUGUUGCCUGUGCCAUUCCCGUACAAAAAGACGAUGAGAGAUUAGAGGAAAUGAUAGAACAACUUUAUGGAAGGCUGAUGUUUCUGAGAGCCAAACAAAUCUUGGAGGAGCUCGAGCAACAAGCCGAACUGGAUGCUGCGAGUGUAGAAAUGGUUCAGCUGGAAAAUCAACAAAAACGCGAUCAGAUAGCAAAGGAAGUACAACAACUCCUAGCACUGAAGCAUCUUUUGCGUGAGCAGGAGCCUGGGGAAACUGACGAGCCACGGUUUAACCGAGACCGUCGGGUGGCUGCAUUACACAGACUCUUGAAAGAAGGCGCAUCCACUGCAGACGUGGAUGAAGAAGCCCUGCAAAACUACAUCGAACAUUUUCACAAAACCCUACACAAUCCCAACGAGGUAGAGUAA